ACUGUUUGACCAAUCACUGGCUGCAUUUGUUGUUGUUCGUCCAAAUCCACCAAUACUGUUGACGCAUUUUAGUGGAGGCGGGACUUCCUGUUUGUCGUAGCAAACCUUCGGCCUCCCCAUGCGGUUUUAAUCUAAAGGAGGACUCGUAGUUUACACCGAAAAGAUACAAUGGCCGAGAAUGAUGUUGACAACGAGCUGCUUGAUUAUGAAGAAGACGAAGAGCCUCAAGGAGCCCCAGAGAGCGCAGCCCCUGGGGGAAAGAAGGAGGUGAAGGGUUCCUACGUUUCCAUCCACAGCUCUGGCUUCAGAGAUUUCCUGCUCAAACCAGAGCUGCUCCGAGCCAUCAUCGACUGUGGCUUUGAGCAUCCGUCUGAAGUUCAGCAUGAAUGCAUCCCACAGGCUAUCUUGGGCAUGGACAUCCUGUGCCAAGCCAAAUCUGGUAUGGGCAAGACAGCAGUGUUUGUGUUGGCCACACUGCAACAGAUCGAACCUGUUGAUGGACAGGUGUCUGUAUUAGUCAUGUGCCACACGCGAGAGCUGGCCUUCCAGAUCAGUAAAGAGUAUGAACGUUUCUCCAAGUACAUGCCCACAGUAAAAGCAGCAGUAUUCUUCGGUGGUCUGGCCAUAAAGAAGGACGAGGAUGUCCUGAAGAAGAACUGUCCCCAUAUUGUUGUCGGAACGCCGGGCCGCAUCCUGGCACUGAUUCGAAACAAGACCCUCAGUCUGAAGAACGUCAAGCAUUUUGUCCUGGAUGAGUGUGACAAAAUGUUGGAGCAGCUAGAUAUGAGGCGUGACGUACAGGACAUCUUCAGGAUCACACCCCAUGAAAAGCAGGUCAUGAUGUUCAGUGCAACACUGAGCAAGGAAAUCCGACCAGUCUGUCGCAAAUUCAUGCAGGAUCCCAUGGAAGUAUUUGUGGAUGACGAGACCAAACUGACACUCCACGGUUUGCAGCAGUACUACUGUAAGCUGAAGGACAGCGAGAAGAACCGCAAGCUCUUUGACCUGCUUGAUGUGUUGGAGUUUAACCAGGUGGUGAUCUUUGUCAAGUCAGUUCAGCGCUGCAUCGCUCUGUCCCAGCUUCUGGUGGAACAGAAUUUCCCCGCCAUUGCCAUCCACAGGGGGAUGGCCCAGGAGGAAAGGUUGUCUCGCUAUCAGCAAUUCAAGGACUUCCAGAGGCGCAUCUUGGUGGCCACAAACCUCUUUGGCCGAGGGAUGGACAUCGAGCGGGUCAAUAUCGUCUUCAACUACGACAUGCCAGAAGAUUCGGACACCUAUUUGCACCGGGUUGCCCGUGCUGGUAGGUUUGGGACCAAAGGCCUGGCUAUCACCUUUGUGUCUGACGAGACUGACGCUAAGACUCUGAACGAUGUGCAGGACCGCUUCGAGGUCAACGUGGCCGAGCUGCCAGAUGAGAUUGACAUCUCCUCUUACAUUGAGCAGUCCAGAUGAGUCCUCAGCCAAGCAGACGUCUUCCUCUCCGUGGAACUUGUCUUGUACUUGGAAGUAGAUGUACUUCAUCGUUGAUGUGAAAGCCCUGCGUGUUCCCUGGGUUCACCACACAUUUAUUUUUAUUGUCAAGUUUUGGGACAGGGACUUUGUCUUUUACUGCUUUUUGUUUUGCUCAGUGAAAUUAAAACUUUUUAUAAAAUGCCA